AUGUCCGACGAACUUGAUAGGGUUCUAUCCGCCGAGGAGCUGGCUUUGUCGAAGGAUAGAGAAAUAGAAAGGGUCUUGAAUUGUUGUCCAUGGGACUAUUAUUCUGUUCUUGGGAUCAAUCCUCUAAAAAAAGAUGAUCAAUUGCAAAAUCAAAUUAAGAAAACUUAUAGAAAGAAAACAUUAUUGAUACAUCCUGAUAAAGUUUCCAAUCCAAAAGCACCACAUGCCUUUGAUAGGCUAAAGAAAGCGGAAUUGGUGUUAUCAUUCGAUGUUCCAGAAAAUGAAUCAGAAAUUGAAUCUGUAGAUGAGACAUCUAAAUUAUAUAUAAAUGAAAAGAAACGUCUAGUAGCAAUAUAUAACGAUGCAGAGAAUCGCUUAUUGCGUUCAAAAAAGAUAAUGGAAGGCGAUAAUUAUAGCGAAGAAGAUUAUCAACGGAUUUUAGCAUUAGUUACUGAAAUCUUAAACGAAGAAAUCAAACAGGAGGAAAUAGAAAAAAACUUCCAACAACAGCAAGAGGCCAAGAAAAUGGCUGAACUUAAAAGGGUACAACAAGAAAGAGAAUUGAAGAAGAAACUUGCUACAAAGUGGGAAGAUGAAAGGGACAUUAGAGUAAAUAACUGGAGAUCAUAUACAAACAAGGUUCAAAAGCCCAAACCCAAAAAUAAGAAGAAAACCGAUAGUUCAAAGAAGAAAGUUCUUGCAUAA